AGGGAGAAAAUGGAGAAGUGUGGAUCGUCUUUCUCGAGCUUGCGAGCCUACGGUCGAGCCCUGGUUGAGACACCAAAGCGAGUGGUUCGGAGGGCGACCUCAGUGUCGACAACCUUUGAAGAGAUGAGCCGGAUUCGGGCCCGGUCUGGUUCAGACAUGCAGAAGAGUUUGAGAUGGUUCGACCUCGUCGGUUUGGGCAUCGGAGGUAUGGUUGGUGCCGGCGUCUUUGUCUCCUCCGGUCAAGCUUGUCGCCAAUAUGCUGGCCCAGCCGUCAUCUUAUCCUACGUCAUUGCUGGCCUCUGUGCCCUCUUAUCUGCUUUCUGUUACACCGAGUUCGCCGUCGAUAUGCCCGUCGCUGGUGGAGCUUUCAGUUACCUUAGAGUCACCUUUGGUGAAUUUGCGGCUUUCUUGACGGGUGCCAAUCUCGUGAUGGAGUACGUCUUUUCUAACGCCGCGGUCGCAAGGAGUUUCACUGCCUAUUUGGGGACUGCGAUUGGGAUACCAACGACGCAGAAAUUAAGGAUAGUGGUUUCUGGAUUACCAAAAGGGUUCAAUGAGAUUGAUUUCCUAGCUGUUGCAGUCAUUUUGCUUAUUUCUCUCUGUAUCUGUUACAGUACGAAGGAGAGCUCGUUAUUGAACAUGGUGCUGACAAUGAUCCACAUACUGUUCAUUGCAUUCAUCAUAGUGGUUGGGUUCUGGAAAGGUGAUUGGAAGAAUUAUACACAACCAUCAGAUCCAAAGAACGCGGGUGGGUUCUUCCCGUUUGGAAUCGCAGGGGUUUUUAAUGGAGCAGCGAUGGUGUAUCUAAGCUAUAUUGGAUACGAUGCCGUGUCAACUAUGGUGGAAGAGGUCAGGAAUCCUACCAAAGACAUCCCAAUUGGUGUUUCCGGUUCAGUCGUGCUUGUGACGAUUUUCUACUGUUUAAUGGCCGCUUCCAUGGCGAAGCUUGUUCCUUACGAUGCGAUUAAUACGGAAGCACCUUUCUCGGCGGCGUUCGGAGGAUCAAAGGAGGGAUGGGGAUGGGCGUCGAAUGUGAUCGGUGCCGGAGCUAGCUUUGGAAUUCUGACGUCGUUGUUGGUAUCUAUGUUGGGCCAAGCUCGCUAUCUUUGCGUCAUCGGACGCUCAAACGUGGUCCCUUCCUGGUUCGCCAAGGUCCACCCCAAGACCUCUACUCCCGUCAACGCUUCUGCUUUCCUUGGAAUCUUAACUGCGGCGAUAGCACUGUUCACCGAACUGAAUAUAUUGCUGAACUUGGUAUGCAUCGGUACUCUGUUUGUGUUCUAUAUGGUGGCAAACGCCGUUAUUUAUCGGCGCUACGUCACUGUGGGGAUCACAAGGCCAUGGCCCACCCUAUCCUUCCUCAUUCUCUUCUCCCUGGUCUCUCUAUUCUUCACUCUGGUCUGGCGACUCUCACCGCCGGGAGAGCCCAAGGGAUACCUGCUUGGAGCCUGCACGGUGUUGGGUGUGGCUGUGGUUCAAGUUUUCCACUUCAUGGUGCCGCAAGCUCGGAAGCCCGAGUUCUGGGGUGUGCCCCUGAUGCCGUGGAUACCUUCCAUCUCCAUCUUUCUCAACGUUUUUCUGUUGGGUUCGCUUGAUGGACCAUCUUACGUUCGAUUUGGUUUGUUUUCUGGUGUCGCCAUCAUCGUUUACCUCCUCUACAGUGUCCAUUCCACCUAUGAUGCACAUGCCCAGGAAGAUGUUCUUUAGGAAUCUGGCCA